UCACAGCCUCCCUUUUCAGCGUUGUCUCGUUUCCACUCGCAUCCUCCAUUCGUCAUAAAGGAGGUUGCUUCUCAGUCCUCACUUGAUUCGAGGUUCCCUUGUUGAGGAUCCUCGGACUCUCAUUGUUGGAAGAGAACAAGGGCCCAUCUCCCAUCACAUUUCAUCCCCUGGCCACAACAACACCCCACCAUGGCCGGCCCCUCCGCCUCUUCAUCCGACGCCCUCCCCAGACAGCGGGGCAUCCGCAUCGCCAUCGACCGCGGCGGCACCUUCACCGACUGCGUGGGCAACUACGACGGCAAGGACGUUGUCAUCAAGUUGCUGUCCGAGGACCCGGCCAACUACAGUGACGCGCCGCUCGAGGGCAUUCGCCGCAUCAUGUCGCACUUUUUGGGCCGCGACAUCCCGCGUGGCCAGGCCCUCGACACGAGCUGCAUCGACUCGAUCCGCAUGGGCACCACCGUGGCCACCAACGCGCUGCUCGAGCGCAAGGGCGAGAAGAUAGCGCUGGUCGUGACAAAGGGUUUCGGGGAUUGUCUGGCCAUUGGGAACCAGUCGCGGCCGAGGAUCUUUGAUCUGGCUAUUCGCAAGCCUGAGGUACUGUAUUCGAGUGUGGUUGAGGUGGAUGAGCGGGUCACGCUGGAGGAUUAUGCUGAGGACCCGGAGCGGAGGGUGACCAAGGUGGAUGUGCGGGUCGGGACGGCCGAGGCGGAGGGGGCGGACUUGGUCAUGGGCUUGUCGGGGGAGGCUGUGAGGGUCCUGAGGAGGCCGGACCGGGAGGCGGUAAGGGAACAGCUGCAGCGGGUGUUUGACGGCGGCAUUCGGAGCAUUGCCGUGUGUCUGAUGCACGCCUACACGUUCCCGGACCACGAGGCGCUGGUGGGCGAGGUGGCGAGGGAGAUUGGGUUCCGGCAUGUCUCGCUCAGCCACGAGCUGAUGCCCAUGAUCAAGCUGGUCCCGAGAGCGACGUCGGUGUGUGCCGAUGCGUACCUCACGCCGGCCAUCAAGCGGUACAUAUCGGGGUUUCAGCAGGGGUUCAAGGGCGGGCUGGGCACCAAGAGCGUGAAGCAGGGCGAGGGGAACAAGGGCGCUCGUUGCGAGUUUAUGCAGAGUGACGGUGGGCUGGUGGAUGUCGACAAGUUUACCGGGCUGAGGGCCAUCCUGUCGGGGCCGGCCGGUGGUGUCGUCGGGUAUGCCAUCACGUCGUAUGACGAGAAGACGAAAAUCCCCGUCAUUGGCUUCGACAUGGGCGGCACCAGCACCGACGUCUCGCGGUAUGGCGAGGGCCGGUAUGACCACACGUUUGAGACGACCACAGCCGGCGUCACCAUCCAGUCUCCCCAGCUCGACAUCAACACCGUCGCGGCGGGCGGCGGCUCCAUGCUCUUCUUCCGGAACGGCCUUUUUGUGGUUGGUCCCGAAUCUGCCGGCGCUCACCCCGGCCCGGCGUGUUAUCGAAAAGGGGGCCCUGCCACGGUGACCGACGCCAACUUGUUCCUCGGGAGGCUGCUGCCGGAAUUCUUUCCCAAGAUCUUCGGCAAGAAUGAGGACGAGGGGCUGGACCGGGAAGCCAGCAGGAAAGUCCUGCAGGAGUUGGCGGAUCAAAUCCAUAGGGAGACUGGCAAGGCAAUGGACAUUGACGAGGUUGCCUAUGGAUUCUUGACCGUCGCCAACGAGACCAUGACGCGGCCCAUCAGGAGCAUCACCGAGGCCAAGGGCCACGACACGUCCAAGCAUCGCCUGGCUACUUUUGGCGGGGCAGGUGGCCAGCAUGCCGUGGCUAUUGCCGAGUCUCUGGGCAUCAAGCAGAUCUUGAUCCACCGAUACUCUUCUGUUCUCUCGGCCUACGGCAUGGCCCUGGCCGACGUUGUCGACGAGAGGCAGGAACCUGAGUCGGCCGUCUGGAGUGACAAGAGCGACGUGGUGGAUCAGCUGAAGAAGAAGGUGGAAGCCCUCAAGGACAAGUCCCGCCAGGCCCUCCGCGAUCAAGGUUUCGAGGACAACGAGAUUGUCUUUGAGGAGUAUCUCAACAUGAGGUACCGCGGCACCGAGUCAGCCCUCAUGAUCAUCAAGCCGACCGAGGGCGAGCACGAAUGGGAUUAUGGCGCGGCCUUUGUGAAGCACCAUCGCUACGAGUUUGGUUUCACCCUGGACGACCGAGACAUCAUCGUUGACGAUGUUCGGGUCAGGGGCAUUGGCAGGAGCUUCCGCUACGAGGAGAAGAGCGCGGACGAGCAGCUGAGAACCGUCACUCGCAAGGACGUGAAGCCUGAUAAGAAGCACUCCGUGGCCAAGGUCUACUUUGAGGGCGGACGGGUGGACACGCCCAUCUACAAGCUCGAGAGUCUCGCGGUGGGAGAGGCCGUCAAGGGCCCUGCCAUGCUGGCAGACGGCACCCAAACCAUUGUAGUCACGCCGAAUGCUACCGCCCUCGUGCUCGAGACGCACGUCGUCAUCGAUCUUCCCGAGAGCGAAAAGGACCGCUACUCGAAGGCCUCGGGAGAGCGCGAAGUGGACCCCAUCAUGCUCAGCAUCUUUGGCCACAGGUUCAUGGCCAUCGCCGAGCAGAUGGGACGGGCCCUGCAGAAGACCAGUGUCAGCACCAACGUCAAGGAGCGGCUCGACUUCUCUUGCGCCAUAUUUGAUGCCACAGGCGGCCUGGUAGCCAACGCUCCUCACCUGCCAGUCCACUUGGGCUCCAUGUCGACCUGCGUGCGGCGGCAGGCCGAGAUAUGGAAAGGCAAGCUCAAAAAAGGAGACGUAAUUAUCUCGAACCAUCCAUCCUAUGGCGGCACGCAUCUUCCCGAUGUGACGCUCAUCAUGCCGGCUUUCAACGAAGCAGGGGACAAGAUCCUGUUCUACGCCGCCUCGCGCGCACACCAUGCAGACAUCGGAGGCAUCACGGCCGGCAGCAUGCCGCCGCAUUCGCGAGAACUCCAACAAGAAGGCGCCGCCAUCAAGAGCGAGAAGCUCGUCAGCGAGGGCAAGUUCAACGAAGAGCGCGUGAUCGAGCUCUUCUACAAGGAGCCGGCCAAAUACCCCGGCUGCAGCGGCACCCGCUGCCUCGCCGACAACAUCAACGAUCUCCGCGCCCAGGUGUCAGCCAACCAGAAGGGCAUCUCCCUGAUCGAGGGCCUCAUCGCCGAGUACGGCGAGGACACAGUCCAGUUCUACAUGGUGGCCAUCCAGAACAACGCCGAGCUCCAGGUGCGCAACCUCCUCCGGGCCGUCCACGACCGCUUCCAGGGCAAGGACCUGUCGGCCGAGGACUUCAUGGACGACGGCAGCCCGAUCCGCCUCCAGAUUGUCAUCGACCGGGACAGGGGCGAGGCCGUCUUUGACUUUGCCGGCACGGGGCCCGAGGUGUACGGCAACAUCAACGCGCCCGAGGCCAUCUCAUACUCGGCCAUCAUCUACGCGCUGCGCUGCAUGAUCAGAGAGGACAUCCCGCUCAAUCAGGGCUGCCUCAAGCCCAUUACGGUCAAGAUCCCGCCCAAGUCGCUCCUCUCGCCCUCGGACAACGCCGCCGUUGUCGGCGGCAACGUGCUCACCUCGCAGCGUGUGACCGACGUCAUCUUUCGCGCCUUCGAGGCCUGCGCCGCCAGCCAGGGCGACUGCAACAACCUUACCUUUGGCUUUGGUGGCAACGUCUCGGGCCAGCAAGAGGUGCGCGGCUUCGGCUACUACGAGACCAUCGCCGGCGGCAGCGGCGCGGGCCCGACCUGGGAGGGCACCGACGGCGUGCACGUGCACAUGACCAACACGCGCAUCACCGAUUCGGAGGUGUUUGAGCGCCGGUAUCCCGUCCUGCUGCGCGAGUUUUCGAUUCGUAAGGGGUCGGGCGGGAGGGGCCAGCAUCGUGGCGGGGAUGGCGUCGUGCGCGAUAUCGAGUUCCGCAUCCCCGUGCAGGUGUCCAUCCUGAGCGAGCGGCGCGUGUUCCGGCCGUAUGGCAUGGCCGGCGGCGAGGACGGCCAGUGCGGGCUGAACCUGUGGGUGAGGAGGGUGAAGAAGGCCAGCUGGGAGAGCAGUCUUAGGAAGCUGCAGCAGACGGGCGAGGACAACAACACGGAUGGAAACGGCAACGACGACGCCGAGUACGAGGAGCGCUUCAUCAACCUGGGCGCCAAGAAUAGCGCGCCCAUGAAGGCGGGCGACCGCAUCAUUGUGUACACGCCGGGCGGCGGAGGCUGGGGCAAGGUUGGCCAGGAGAAGGCGCUAGGGCAGGCGCCGGACCCAAUGCAGAGCUGGAAGAAAGGGUCACUCGCGGCGAGGGAGGAGACGGCGUUGCAGGCAUAG